AUGUCCCAACACUGUGAAAUGAUGACAACACAAAUGACAAGUGUUCAUAUCCUUCUCGUUGAUUUUUAUCAAGUUUCCGCUCACAAUCAUCCUUUGAACAUGCAAGCAGUGCUGAAAAAGAAAUUCUCAUUACAACAAUUGGGAAAAACAAAAUGGCUUUUGAAUCGGGAAUUGAAAUAUCAACAUUUCUUUCCUGUUGAGUUUAUGAAUGAUCCUGAAUUUGUGUUGAAUCACAUCAAAAAGUAUGGAUAUGGACUGAAAUUUGCAUCCACACAAUUAAAACAAGAUCGAGAUUUUGUAUUGAAAGUGGUGCAACAAAAAGGUUCAGAGUUACCGUUUGCAGAUAAACAUUUUCGCAAUGAUAAAGAAGUGGUAUUGACAGCCAUAAAGGAAAAUGAUGUAUUAUUUAGAUAUGCUUCAGUAGCGCUUCAACUUGACUGGGAAUUUGUGUUAAAAGUUGUGAGACAGAAUGGAACGGCUUAUCAGUGGACCCAUAAACUGGGAGAUGACAAAGAAGUUGUGCUCACUGCUGUCAAACAAAAUGGAACUGCAUUGCAAUGUAUCAAAUAUGACAGCUCACAAAAUUCAGAUUGGUAUGAAACAGUUGCAUUAGAAGCAAUCAAACAAAAUAAGAAUGCACUUCGAUAUGUUUCCAAAGUUUUUGUUCAAAAUCAAGAUUUCAUGUUACAAGCUCUCAAAUUAAUAUUUCCAGAUGAAUUGGAAACCUCAUGCUCUUUUGAUUAUUCAUCGAAAGAAAUCAUGAUGAAGAUCAUUCAAGAAUUUGGACUUUUACUUGAAUUUGUGUCAAGUGAACUCAAAAGUGAUCGUGAUAUAGUUUUGAGUGCAGUUAGAAAUCAUGGUCGUUCGUUGGCAUUUGCUUCUAACGACUUGCAGAAUGACAAAGAAAUUGCAUUAAUGGCUGUUCAACAAGAGGGUAGGGCAUUGCAAUUUGUCUCUUCAGAUUUGAAAGGAGACAAACAAGUGGUGUUGGCUGCUGUGAAUCAAAAUGGAUGUGCUCUUGAAUAUGCAUCAGAAGAGUUGCAGAAUGAUCGAGAAGUAGUCUUGAGUGCAGUAACUCAAAAUGGAUAUUCUUUGUGUUAUGCUUCAAAUGAGAUGAAGAAAGACAGACAAGUUGUGUUGACAGCUGUAAAACAAAGGUGUGGCGCCAUUAGAUUCGCAGAUGAUGAAUUGAAAAAAGACGAAGAAAUUGUGUUAGAAGCUAUCAAACGAGAUCUCUCUGGUUUUCUUUUUAUUUCAAAGAAAUUAUUUUGUGACAAACCAUUCUUGUUGAAAGCAGCAAAAUUCUGUGGUAACACACUUCUACAAUAUACACCCAAAGAAAUUACAGAUGAUCAUGAAUUUAUGGUGAAACUUCGAGAAGAAAUCAAAAGAUCUGGAUUUGCUUCAGAGUAUGAUGAGGAAUUGUAUCAUGAAAGAAUGGAAUACUUUUAUUAUGGAGUUUAUUUGGGAACAAUUCGAAAUCACUAA